AUGGCUGAUACUGCUAGAACCCAUCACGAUAUCACCAGCCGUGACCAGUACUCGAUGUUGGGCCGAGACAGAGACCAGUAUCCGUAUGGUCGAUCAGAUUACCAGACUUCGGGCCAAGAUUACUCCAAGACUAGGCAGAUUGCUAAAGCUGCUACUGCUGUCACAGCUGGAGGGUCCCUUCUUGUCCUCUCUAGUCUCACCCUUGUCGGAACAGUCAUUGCUUUGACUGUUGCCACUCCUCUGCUCGUUAUCUUUAGCCCAAUCCUCGUCCCGGCUCUCAUUACUGUUGCACUUAUCAUCACUGGCUUUCUCUCCUCUGGUGGGUUUGGCAUUGCAGCUAUAACCGUCUUCUCUUGGAUCUACAAGUACGCAACGGGAGAGCACCCACAGGGGUCAGAUAAGCUGGACAGUGCAAGGAUGAAGCUGGGAAGCAAAGCUCAGGAUCUUAAAGACAGAGCUCAAUACUAUGGACAACAACAUACAGGUGGGGAGCAUGACCGUGACCGUACCCGUGGAACCCAUCACACCACUACGACUACAUAA